AUGGCUAAAAGGACAUGUUCAUGUGAGCAGGACCUAGACCCAACAAUACUUGCCACUCGCAGCCAUGCCACACAGCUAUCGGGCCUCGGAGACGACCAUGCGAAUGUGCUUCUAGCCCUUUUGCUCAUCUUGAAUUCCGUGGAGCAAUACGACCUGACCCAUCCAUCCAUCUCCUAG